UUUAAGUCGCGCGACGCUGGGAAGUGACGUCAUAGCCAAGCGACAGAAGAACAGCGGAGUUGUUGUUGUUUGCAGAAUAGAGAAUAAAUAAUGGCUACACAACGAGUGCUCCCGCAAAGUAAAGAGACUCUUCUGCAGAACUACAACAAGAGACUAAAAGAUGAUAUCAGAUCCAUAUUGGACAACUUCACCGAGAUCAUCAAAACUGCCAAGGUAGAAGAUGAAACGCAGGUGUCUAGAGCAACACAAGCAGAGCAGGACCAUUAUGAAAUGCACGUCAGAGCUGCCAACAUCGUGCGAGCUGGUGAGUCUCUGAUGAAGCUGGUGUCAGACCUGAAGCAGUUCCUGAUUCUGAACGAUUUCCCGUCUGUAAACGAGGCCAUUAGCUUGCGCAACCAGCAGCUGCGUGCCCUGCAGGAGGAAUGCGACAAGAAGCUCAUCUCCCUGCGUGAUGAGAUCGCCGUUGACCUGUACGAGCUCGAGGAAGAGUAUUACUCCUCCAGGUACAAAUAGAUCCUCCAGAGACCCUGCAGUCCUGUAGUCAAGUAUCAUAUGCACAUACCGUAGAACACAUAUCCUUGUGCUUUAGACAAAUGUGUAUGUGUGUGUGUGUGUGUGUGUGUGUGUCCAAAUUCAUUCAUAAGGACAUUCACAAACUUUAGUGCCUUUAAAACGGAACAGGAAGAUAAAGACGGGUUAAACUUGUAAUUUUAUCAUUUAUUAUUAUUAUUAUUAUUAUUAUUAUUAUUAUAGCAGGAUAGUCAAAACAACUAAAAAGGAAAUAUUGAAUUCACCAAAAAAUAUUUUACCAAAGUAAAAAAAAAAAAUUAUAUGAAAGUGGGCUUGGACACUUUAAAAAAAAAAAUUUUCAUCAUACAUUUCAUGAAAAUGACUGCACUACUACUAAAAGUCAAAUAAAUUAAAACAAAAAUACAGCACAUUAUGGGACUUAAUGUUAAAAAAGAUUUAGUAAUAUUGUCUCCAAAAUAAAUAUGCUUUGCUUUAAAAAAAAAAAGUUCUACAAUGAUAUAUAUACACUACCGUUCAAAAGUUUGGGGUCACGUUGAAAUUUCCUUAUUUUUGAAAGAAAAGCACUGUUCUUUUCAAUGAAGAUCACUUUUUAAACUAAUCAGAAAUCCACUCUAUACAUUGCUAAUGUGGUAAAUGACUAUUCUAGCUGCAAAUGUCUGGUUUUUGGUGCGAUAUCUCCAUAGGUGUAUAGAGGCCCAUUUCCAGCAACUCUCACUCCAGUGUUCUAAUGGUACAAUGUGUUUGCUCAUUGCCUCAGAAGGCUAAUGGAUGAUUAGAAAACCCUUGUACAAUCAUGUUAGCACAGCUGAAAACAGUUGAGCUCUUUAGAGAAGCUAUAAAACUGACCUUCCUUUGAGCAGAUUGAGUUUCUGGAGCAUCACAUUUGUGGGGUCGAUUAAAUGCUCAAAAUGGCCAGAAAAAUGUCUCGACUAUAUUUUCUAUUCAUUUUACAACUUAUGGUGGUAAAUAAAAGUGUGACUUUUCAUGGAAAACACAAAAGUGUCUGGGUGACCCCAAACUCUUGAACGGUAGUGUAUAUCUGUGAAGAAUCUCAGUCAUAGAAAGUUUAAAUUCACAUAGACCUGUGCACAGUAAGCUUAUUUCUAAUGCGGGCGAAUGUAGCCUUAUUACGCACAUAAUUAACAAUGUUAAAUAUACAUUUCAGAUCCCUUCAUGAACCCAGGAACAUGAUGUAAAAUAUUAACAUGUUUGUGUGAUCUUAAAGCUCAGUGUUAAUGUUGAACAUGCAGCAGUUUAAACAGGAAAAUGUAAAAAAAAAAAAAAAGCUUAAAAAGCAGCUGAACUCACUGAUGAGACCUAUGCAAGAACUGGCCAAAGUGCACGUGGCCUAAUGGUCUAACGAGCAAGCUUGAUUAACCUCCCCCCUUAUUACAGUGCUACAUGUUCAUGACUAAUCACAGUUUAUGAUCUUUGUCACUAAAAUACCAGUAAAUGCACUGUGUGUAAUUUAAAAAAAAUCUGUAAAUUCCUUAACACAGUGGAUACAUAAAAUAAGAUCCAUCCAUUAUCUGUAACCACUUAUCCUGUACAGGGUCACAGGCGAGCUGGAGCCUAUCCCAGCUGACUACAGGCGAAAGGCGGGGUACACCCUGGACAAGUCGCCAGGUCAUCACAGGGCUGACACAUAGACACAGACAACCAUUCACACUCUCAUUCACACCUAUGGUCAAUUUAGAGCCACCAGUUAACCUAACCUGCAUGUCUUUGGACUGUGGGGGAAACCGGAGCACCCGGAGGAAACCCACGGGGAGAACAUGCAAACUCCGCACAGAAAGGCCCUCGUUGGGCACUGGGCUCAAACCCAGAACCUUCUUGCUGCGAGUCAACAGAGCUAACUACUGCACCACCGUGCCGCCUUUUAAUAUAUUUUUAAAAUAAAUUAAGAUUUAUUUAAGCCACAACAAUUGUGGCUUUCAUUCCAGCCAAACAGAAGGCACUUGAUUUAACAAGUUGUUAAAAAAAAGUCCUUCCCACGCCAUGUGGCGCAUAGGCCGCCGCCGAUCUCCGUUUCCAUAGCCCUCGGCCUCUCGCCUGUUACAUAGCUGGGGUUACAGCGGGGGCUAGUCCUCUGGUCCUCUGGCAAGAGUCUGACUCCCCGCUCACAUCUGUAUUGCAGUGUGCCUUGCCAGACGGCACCAUUUUUAUGAUGGUCUUUGGUAUGACCCGACCAUGAGUAGAACUCGCGAUCUCCCGAUCGAGAGGCGGACACGCUAACCACUAGGCCAACUGACGGUUAACAAGUUGUUUGGUUGGAAUGAAAGCCUGUAGCCACACCAGCCAAUUUGCUUUGCUGGUUCAGAUUCAGUGAAUUUUUAACCAAAAUUGGCUCUACAGGGUGAUCAACAACAACCUCAGUGAAGCUUAUACAAGCUUAAUCCAAGGUUACAGCCAUCCACUGUAUAUCAUAAAGGGCGGACAUUGUGUUUACAAAGUAUUUCUACAUUUUACCACAAUGUCUGCCCUUUUAUAUAUUAUAUUAUGGACUCAGGAAACCAACAUUAACUUGAUACUUAAACCUGUAAUUGUUUUAUUUUUCUGGGGCUUUAAAGCAUGGGUAUUUUACUACAAUUUCAUAAAAUCUACUUUUUAUACAUAAAAUAAAAAAUAAAAUAAAAUGAAAUAUCAGUGAAAGUCUUUGAAAACUCUGCUCUUUCUGCUCUAAUGCUUCUAGCCCAGUAGCUAUUCUCUGCUCUGAUGAGCUGCCUUCGGCUAAAUUUACCCAAAUGUCGGUGAUUGCAUAAGCCACAACAGAGGAUCUGCUGCAGAAACCGAGCUGGUUCAUGUUUAGAAAACUCAGCCAGUUUUUCUGUACUUUUACCAGUUCUGCUACAGUAUUUUUAUUUUUUCCACGUACGCAGUUCAGUCUGCUGAAAUACUUUGUUUGGAGCACAGUCCACCAAUUGAUGACUCCAACUUAGUACAUACAGAAAUGCAAGGUCGGGUCAGAGUAUUGCACAAACCAAGCUAUCGGGUUGUGUUUCAUUGAGUUCACAGAGUUAUUUUAUUUUGUGGGUGUUUGUGUGUGAUUUUAUUUUAUUUUUUUCCCCAAUUUAAUCCAAGCAGUGCAAACAUGUUUUUCGCUCUCAUAUUAACAGUAUAAAAAGAUUUUUAGCAAUUUACCACUGACAUGUUCAAGUACUAUUAUACUAUAGUAUGUCCAGUAUAGCGUCCAAGGCUGUCAUUUUUGGCCACUGGUUUUGUGUAAGAGAAAUGUUAGUUAAGUUAAGCUUUAAUAAUAAAGAUGGAGGACAUUGAGCUGCUGGUGCCUAAUUGUAAAUGGUGCUUAUGCUUUAACGUUACACAGAUAUACAUGUACAGAGAAUUUGCAGGUUAGAAUGAGUCCAUGUUGUAUGUCUUAGGAUACUGAACUUGUUUGGCUUUUAUAUCCUGUGCUGUUAAAUUGGUUGAACCGAUGUUGUAAUGCACUAAAGUCGGUACUUAUAUAGACUCUGUACCUCUGAAAUGAGGAGCACUCUGGGAGUUUUAAUAAUGUUGAGUACUUCUUGUCAUUUUAUAGCCUGUAUUUUAUUGCAUUUGGUUCAAAGAGAUCACCAUUGUCCUGUUAAAAUGUUAACGAAAAGUUGUAUGAUUUUUAUAAGUAAAUUUUUAGCUUCCACUGGUAACAUCUAAUAAUGUUUACUCUGAUCUUAUUUUUUAAAGCGGAGUUGAUUUUUCAUCAUCAGUUCUUCUUGAACUAGAAACUAGUAGCUUAAACAGUGUAAGAUAUCAGCUAUGGAUAAAUAACUUUACUGUUCAGAGUGUUGUAAUGUUAACAUUCCCCCUCCCCACUGGGCCUGAUUGGCCAUUUUACAAAUAAAUCAGAAAGGAAAGAGAGCAA